UAUAACGUCCUUGACAGCCACCCAUCUUCACAUGAUCUCAUACCUCUCUCUCUCUACAAUGGCAAAGAAGAUUUGCGUUCUAAUGUUCUCUGUAAUUAUGAUGCUGCAUUUACUAGUAGAGAACCAUGCGAUCGAGACUGAGGCUCCAACACCACAGCCCCAACAAAAUGGCCAAUUUCCAACGUAUGGUAUCACCCAAGGCAGCCUUCAACCACAAGAAUGUGGUCCACGUUGCACACAAAGAUGCUCAAAAACAGCGUUCAAGAAGCCAUGCAUGUUCUUCUGUCAAAAGUGCUGUGCCAAGUGCUUGUGUGUCCCUCCUGGAACUUAUGGGAACAAGGAAUUCUGCCCUUGCUACAACAAUUGGAAGACCAAGAGAGGAGGACCCAAAUGCCCUUGAUCCUUUCUUUCAUGAAUCCUCCAUUCAAAUAUCUGAACAGAUUGUAUCUAAGAUCGUUGUUAUCUAGAGACUAAAGAUCGAGCAGUGUACUGUUGUUUUAUUUUUUCAAAAAAUAAAAUAACAUCUGGUAUGAUGGCGUUCCAGUAA